CGUCGCUUUUGCCCUCCCCUCUCCCGCGGACGAAAUCCAAUCGCCCGCAGGAUGCUCGACGAAAUUCCCACUCCCAAAAUCUCACUGGUUUUGGACUCAAAAACCCUAACCCUAACCCUAAUUCCACGAACCGAAUAGAACUCCAAUGGCUUUAUCUUCUCCGUUCAGCUCCUCUCUCCACCCCCGUCUCCGCUCCCCCCUCCCUCGUCUUAGGGUUUCAAAACCCCCCAGAUCCGUUAGGGUUUCGCCGAAAUCGGUGAGAUUCGAUCGGAUCCUCACGAGCGAGUCCGAAUCCGAGAUGACCAACGGAUUCUUCGAAGCCAUCGAGGAGCUCGAGCGAAUGGUCCGAGACCCCUCCGAUGUGCUCAACGAGAUGAUCGAGCGGCUCUCGUCUCGGGAGCUGCAGCUUGUUCUGGUCUACUUCUCCCAGGAAGGAAGGGACUCGUACUGUGCGUUGGAAGUGUUCGAUUGGCUGAAGAAGGAGAACAGGGUCGAUGGGGAGACGAUGGAGCUGAUGGUUUCGAUAGCUUGCGGUUGGAUCGAGAGGUUGGUUUCGGGCGAGCACGCGGUCGAUGAAGUGGUGGGGCUUUUGAAUGAGAUGGAGUGCGUUGGGGUCGAGCCGGGGUUUAGCAUGGUGGAAAAGGUGGUGAGUUUGUAUUGGGAGAGGGGAAAGAAGGAGGUGGGUGUGGAGUUUGUGAAGAGUGUGAUGAGGAGAGGGGGAGUUGGAGGGUAUGUGGUUGGUGAGGAUGGGGAUAAGGGACGAGGUAGGCCGGUUGGGUAUCUUGCGUGGAAGAUGAUGGUAGAUGGAAAUUACAUGGGUGCUGUCAAGUUAGUAAUCGAAUUCAAAGAUUGUGGACUGAACCCUGAUCCUCACAGCUACCUUAUUGCAUUAACUGCAUUAGUCAAAGAGCAGAAAGAGUUCUCAAAAGCUUUGCGCAAGUUAAAGGCAUCAAUGAAGUCAGGCUCUAUUGCCGAACUCGAUGAUGAGAACACAAAUCGUAUCGAGAAAUAUCAAUCCGAUAUCAUAAACUAUGGACUACGCUUAUCAAAUUGCGCAGUCCAAGAAGGAAGCUCUGUAAAUGCCGGUAUAGUCCAUGAGAAGCUCCUCGCAAUUUACACUUGUGCAGGAUUAGGGCUGGAAGCUGAGAACGAGCUAUGGCAAAUGAAGCUAUCAGGCAAAGAGCCUGACAAAGAGCUCUGUGAUGUUGUUCUAGCCAUUUGUGCGUCUCAAAAGGAAGUUAGUGCUGUUAACAGAUUGCUUGCCAGAGCUGAGGUUAUGGGUUCAGGCCGAAGGAAGAAGACUUUAUCAUGGUUACUUCGUGGGUAUGUUAAAGGAGGGAAUUAUUUGGAUGCUUCAGAUACUCUCAUGAAAAUGCUUGACCUUGGUUUAUGUCCUGAUUAUUUGGAUAGAGUUGCUGUGUUGCAAGGGUUGGGUAAGAGCAUAAAGGAAUCUGGUAGUAUUGAACUCUACAUGAAGCUUUGUAAGAGGCUGUCUGAUGUGGAACUGAUUGGACCCUGUCUUGUGUAUUUGUAUGUACAUAGAUACAAGCUGUGGGUAGUGAACACGCUCUGAAGGCAAAGUUGUUGGGCCACUCUGUAUAUAUAAGUCGGAGAAAAUAUUAUACAGGUGUAUAGUUUCACAUGUCUGUUAUGUAAUAACAUAGUGAUGUCUGAAAGUCUUGUUUUUUUAACGAUAUUCGGGGGAUUUGAAGUAUUGAUUGAUUCUGGAUGAGGUUUCUUUAUAA